AUGCGGCCAGAGAUGCUACAGCGGGCGCAUGAAGACCAUCUCGGAGUGGUAAAGACCAAGGCUCGUGUCAGACGAGUAAUAUGGUGGCCGGAGAUGUCCAAUCACAUCAGUCAAAUGAUAUCAAGAUGUGAGACAUGUUCAAGAUUUCAGCAUCAACAAAGGAAGGAACCCCUGAAGACAACACUUCUGGCAGGGAGACCAUGGGAACAGGUGGCUGCUGACAUGUUUGAAUGGAGGGGACAACAGUACGUGGUAGUAGUUGACUACUAUUCUCGUUUUCCAGAGGUUAGAAAGCUGACUGGACAAAGCAGCCGCCAGUUUUUCUGUUUCGAAUUUGCACGAUGGGCUAUGACUUACGACAUCAAACAUACUACGUCAUCACCCCGUUAUCCACAGGGAAAUGGGUUAGUAGAGCGCUUCGUGCAAACUAUUAAAACAUUGUUGAAGAAGGCAGCACAUUCUGGAGACGACUUUAGCAUGGCACUCUUAGCUUAUCGUUCGACUCCACAAGAAACAACAGGCGUUGCUCCGGCACAGCUCCUCAUGGGACGGCAGUUGAGAACAUCCUUGCCAUCGAAUUCAGCCUUAUUGCAGCCGAAGUUGAUUAGCAGAAAGGUAGUCAAAAAGAGGGACCAAGUUUAA